AUGAUGGAUAGCAGCAUAGAAAAGGAGACGAGGUCCGACUCGUCGCGGAAUGAAGGUGGUCUGGUAGGAGAAGAGACGCACCGGACAGGGAGCCGCGUCGGGCGCGUGCUGAGCCGCAUCGCGUCAGCGCCCACUGCGGAUCCCGGGCCGCCGCCUGACGGGGGAUACAAUGCUUGGAUGGCCGUACUGAGCGCGCAUUUCAUCUUUAUGGAUACAUGGGGCUUCGUCAACUCUUUCGGCGUCUUUCAGACAUAUUACGUCCAGCAGCUGAAGAGACCACCGUCAGACAUUUCAUGGAUCGGAUCCUUCCAAGUCUUCCUGCUCUUCUUCAUCGGCGCAUUCUCAGGCCGUUUCACUGAUGCAGGGUACUUUCGCCAUCUCUACUUCUCCGGCUGCUUCCUCAUCCUGCUCGGCAUCUUCGCGACGUCGUGGUGCACGCAGUACUGGCAGAUUUUCCUCUCGCACGGCGUCUGCGUAGGGCUGGGCUUCGGUCUGGUGUUUUGCCCAUCCCUAGCGACGCUAUCGACUUACUUUGACAAGAGAAGGGCCAUCGCCAUCGGCAUGGCGGCUGUAGGAAGCGCGUCAGGCGGCUUGGUGUUCCCGAGUACGGUUCGACAGUUGCUGCCGCAGGUUGGGUUUCCAUGGGCUAUGCGCACGCUUGGCUUCAUACAGCUUGCGACACUGACAGUUGGGUUCAUCUUUCUGAAGCCGCGCAUACCGCCGCGCAAAGCGAGCAAGAUGGUGGACUUGGCGUCGUUCAAGGAACUGGAGUAUACAUUCUAUACUGCCGGGGGGUUCUUUUCCUUCAUGGGGGUGUACUUUGCCUUUUAUUACCUGGCCUCUUUCAGUCGAGACGAGCUCGACUUCUCGUACACGGACUCGCUAAAUCUCCUACUGGUUCUGAACGGCAUCGGCUUCAUCGGGCGUCUAGGCCCAAAUUUCCUCGCCGACAAGAUCGGCACAAUCACAGUCUUCACACCAAUGGCUCUGAUCUCUGGGCUACUAACCUACUGCUGGAUCGCUGUGAAGUCCCCAUCGGGACUCUAUGUCUGGACCAUUUUCUUCGGCAUCGCGGGUAACGCCAUCCAGGCCCUCUUCCCGGCUGGCGUCAGCGCCUUGACGACGGACCCUAGCAAGCAAGGGACGCGCAUCGGGAUGGUCUUCACUAUUGUUGCGUUUGCGGUGCUCACCGGCAAUCCAAUCGCCGGUGCCAUCAUCUCUGCUACCGGCGGCCGAUACCUCGGCGCCCAGGCUUUUGCUGGCAGCUGCUUGAUGUUGGGAACAUUCUUCUUAACCUUGGCGCGAAUAGUCAAGACGAAGAAGAUUGGCAAAGGCUGGUUUGUCAAGGUUUGA